AUUAGAAUUUAGAAAGAAACAAAAAAAGACAGGCACAACAUCCUCCAUAUCCCAAAGCAAAAAAGCUUCACCUGGAAAGCACACAAUUGCUUUUACCUCUCCUUUCUGCUCUCUCUCUUUUUUUUUUUCCCAGUCCCAUCUUACUUUCACACAAAUACAAAUACACCUCACACCAACAGUCAAUAUCACCAACACCAGUCAACGCGCAUAAUUUGCUUCAAUUGCACACCAAAAUAAUAACGACAAAUAUAAAGACAUUCUAUUCACGCUUCCUCAUUCCCUUUUCACUUUCUAAUGAACUCCGUACAAAACAUCUUCUUCGGCCUCCGCGAGUACUUGAGUCCUGUCCUCAAAAAUUCAAAAUUCAAAGAGACCGGUUGCAUCACACCUGAGGAGUUUGAAGCUGCAGGUGAUUUUUUGGUGUACAAGUGUCCAACGUGGAGCUGGGAAGGCGGUGAACCCAGCAAGAAGCGCGACUACUUACAUCCGGAUAAGCAAUUCUUGAUUACUCGCAAUGUACCAUGCCUGCGUCGUGUCAAGCAAAUGGAAUAUACGGACGAGGACGCUGAAACACAGAUCGAAAGUGAUGGCGCCGAUGCUUGGGUGAUGUCCCACAGUUCGCGUGUAGCAGGAGGCCCCAUCGAAGAAAUUGCUGGAAGUAUGGAUGAAGACGAAGACGAGGAGGCCGAAGCUGAAGCUGAAGCUGAAGCACAAGCAGCCAUUAAAGCCAUGGGUCGACUUAACUUGCAGGAACAGCAACUCCAUGAUGCUGCAGAACAGGAUGAUGACGACGAAGAUCUUCCCGAUAUGGACGACAUCCCCGACAUGGAUGACUAUGAAGACCUGGAAGAAGAAGCGGACCCUGCUACACUCGCUCCAACUGUUCCUACAGCAGUCGAUCCUGGCGACAAGAUCUUGAACGUCCGAACGUACGAUGUAUUCAUUACAUACGAUAAAUAUUAUCAAACACCCAGAAUGUGGCUCUUUGGUUAUGAUGAGCAUCGUCGACCUCUGGUAUCUUCACAGAUCUUUGAGGAUGUUUCUCAGGACUAUGCCAAGAAAACUGUCACCAUCGAGACUCAUCCACAUCUCAAUAUGUCAUUGGCCAGUAUUCAUCCCUGCAGACAUGGAGCUGUGAUGAAGAAGAUUAUUGAGAAGGUUGCAAAUGACGAAGGGAAGGAGGAGCCAGUCCGUGUUGACCAGUACCUCAUCAUCUUCUUGAAGUUCAUGUCGUCUGUAGUACCUACUAUUGACUAUGACAAUACCAUCUCUGCGUAAAUGGGCAUUUAGCGGGACCUGAAAAUAGUCAUGCAUGGGGACCAUAUAGCCACGUGUCCUGACAUUGUAGCUAGAAGCUGUAUGAUUGCGUUUCUUUUCCUUUACUAUCUUGCUUUUCCUUUUCAUUCAUCGCACGCAAACCCCCAUAAAGAGUUGUAUCACAACGGUAUUCGAAGCCA